UUUUUGUUCUUUCUAGAAAUUUACAAAACCGAAGAGAUAUAGACGAGGAGAAAAGCAGACGUCUCUGUGUCCAUUUCGUUUGUUCAUCGGGUUCUAAGGAUUGUCUGUUUCAAUAGCCAAACUUUGGAUUCUCUUCUCUUCUCUUCUCUUCCUGUUCUUCUUCUUGUCUCGUUCUUUUGCAAUUAUCUCUUCGCUGGGAGAAAAGAGAGAAGGGAUUAGGGAUUUAGGAAAGGAAAUAUGUAUUAUCAGUUGACUAAGUCUUCUUACAUGGACUCUUUGAAGAUUCUGGAGGCUGACAUAGAGCACGCCAAUGGACUGGCUGCUGCGAUUCCUAUGGGAAAGAGCGGUGUGCGUCUUCAGAUGAAAUUGGUGUGCAGCAAUUUGGCUCCAUUCUUCAUCUUCUUGCUACAAUGGAUGGAUUUCUCAUGUCUGCUUCCAAGAUAUUUUGAUUUCUUCCACAUACUCAUAUACAAGGUUCUUACCAAUUAUAUAUCUCUGUUUACGCCUGCUUGCGUGUGUGUGUGUGAAUUGGUAGAUUCCCUGAUUGUUUCCUUGCUUUCCUCUUGGCUUGUUUUGUUUUAUAGGCGUCUUCUUUGUCUUGUACAGGUACGUGCUGAUGGGAGGUGGAAUCUAUCCAGGUACGGAAGGAAAGCCACAAUUAGGGAGUUUUACGGUGUUAUAUUACCAUCACUCGAGCGACUUCAUAUCAACUUUGCUGACUUAGCCAACGACAGCUUGUGGUAUCCAAAUCCAAAAGCCAUCACCAAGAGGAAGUAUGACAUUGAAGGAAACAGAUUCUUGAGCAGCAGCAUUGACUUGGAAAGAGAAGACGAGUGCGGGAUUUGCUUAGAGCCUUGCACCAAAAUGGUGUUGCCUAAUUGUUGCCAUGCCAUGUGCAUCAAAUGUUACCGGAACUGGAACACAAAGUCGGAGUCUUGCCCGUUCUGUCGUGGCAGCAUCAAGAGAGUGAACUCAGAGGAUCUGUGGGUGCUGACUUGCGAUGAAGAUGUUGUUGAUCCAGAGACAGUGACCAAAGAGGAUCUUCUUCGGUUUUACCUCCACAUCAAUAGCCUACCAAAGGAUUAUCCCGAAGCUGUCUUCUUAGUCUACAACGAGUACUUGAUAUGAUGAUUUUAAUGGCGGGAACACAUCAACGACGACGUCGGUGUACAGAAGGAGGAAAGAUCCCAGACCUUUAACUAAGUGUACAUAAGAAUCUGGUGAUCCACUAUUUCCCUUCGUUUUUAGAUUAUGAUAUUAUAAUAAUAAGAUUGUCAUAAUUAUUGUGUUCCCUUGUUAUGAAAGAUUAAGAGAAAAGAUGAUCUCGGUUACAUAUU